AUAUAAGGGGUAUUGAUGUUAGUCGAUGUUAGAAAGUCAAAUGAGAAGGAAGUAUGAUUCUGAAAGAGAAGGAUUUCGUCGACAACGAGUAUUACAUUUACAAUCGUUUAUUAUUUAAAAUUCUUGGAUUAUGGGAAUAUCGAAUGUCGUUUAAACAAUUGAUUUAUGUUUGUUUCAUCGUUAUUAUGAUAAUCCUUGGGAUAUUUCAACACAUUUACACGCUUUACACGGCAGAUGGAAAAAUAAAAACAAUCGCUAAGCUAUUGGAAAUAACAUUGCCAACUUUAUGCUUUGGAUCUUGCUAUUACAAUUUAUUAUCGAACGGCGCAAUUAUGAGAGAAGUUCUUUAUCGUAUCAAAUGCGAUUGGGACGUUCUUGCCAAUAAACCGGAGUUGAUGAUUCUAAAAAGAUACGGUCACAUUAGCAGAGUUCGUACGAUUGCAAUCGCUAUUUGGUUUAAUCUUUAUAUAGCAUUUUUGAUAUUACCAUCCUUGUUAAAGAUUUUUCAAUAUAUCAUUGGUCGGAUAAAUGAAAAUGAAUUAAUAUUACCACUUCGUAUUGAUUAUUUUUUGAAAAAUCAAAUCAAUUAUUUCUUGGGUAUAUCCAUACAAUAUAUGAUUAUUGUUCUCGUAGGAAUUAUAGGAAUUGCUAAUUAUUCAAUGUACAUAGCUGUUAUACAGCAUGCUUAUGCUCUUUUGAACAUCGUCGUGUUUAUUGGCGUUCGUUUUUGUCGUGAUAGAUUACUUUUACUUAAUACGGAUGUCAUUUUCUUUGGCCACGGUAUUCAACAAUCUUCAAUAAAUUUAUUCGAGGAUUAA